GCUGUGCCUAUGAAAAAGUGCUUAUCAUACUUGAAAAUGUCAAUAAGGUCAGAUUAUGCUUGGUCAUGCUGGACCUUGAGUGUAAUGACCUGGUUAUUGAAAUGUUUCAGCAUUUCUUGAGAUUUAUAAGGUUAGAGAGCUUCACAAUAUCUCUUUUAUCUAUUUCUUCCUGAUGGGCUUUUUAUAUAUAUGUAUAGGGGUUUUCAUCAGGUGAGGUUAUAUAUAUGUGAUAUGACAUUUAGCCUUAUCUCACAUAAGACAUUUGACACUAUUUUUAAUUCAAAAUCUUAAGGCAAUGGUUUAUGGAUCUUUCAUCUUAUAUAGUGUUUAACUUUGUCUUUUUUAUCCAAUGUUGGACUUUUGACUCACUUGGAUUAUUCCCAACAAUCUCCUUUCAAGGGUGAGUCCCUUUCAUAUAAUAUAUUUCCUCUUAGGUGUACGGUACCUUUACUUAUAUCCUUAUGGUUAUAGUUAUAGUGGUCUAAGUGGCCAUACUUAUACCUUUUAUUGUGGUUAUGGUAUUGUUGUUAUAGGAUCGUAUUGAAUUUUAAUCAUGUACCAGAUGCUCUGCAUGCUUUCCUGAUUAUUCUUGAAUACAUAUGUUAGACAACCUACCAUUUACUAUGGUGUAUGUUUGGAAAAGGGAAGCGUGGGAUUGGGUUUCAUGUCGGCAAUGAGGAAAGUAGUAGAGAUAACUAUUAGAAUCAGUUGCAAAUUUGCUAUUAGUUGCAAAUUUGGGAUGAAAGCAAUGAAAGGCAUGGGGAGGAAUUUAAACCAGGAUCCUGAAGCGCCUUCAAUGCUUAGCAGGUUAAGCUGCUGUAAGAUAAAGGAUCUGGGGUGAUUUAAAUCUAACAGUCUCUAUUUUCUUUCUUUUUUGGAUGCAUGUUUUUCAUCAGUUCUUUGACCAGUUUCCCUCUGCUACCGAUAUCACCUUAGUAUUAGUAGAAAGACAAACUUGGCUCUGUUUUGCAGUUUCCUAUCAUUUACUUGAGGUGCUUCUGAAGACGAAGCUAUUUCCUUGAAUUCUUUUGUGUUAUUCGUAUUCAAACAGGAACUGGUGUAGCCAAGGAAGUCAGAUUUUUCUUUGCAUUUUCCUUUUACCAACGACUAGUAGGUCAUAGAUAAACAUUGGAAGUUGUUUUACAUUAGUAAGGGCUGAUGAAAAAGGCAGAUUUCUUGUUACAUAAACAAAAGUCAAACCAUCCCUGUAGUGCAUUUCAUUCAAUGGAAUCAAUAAUGACUAUGAUUUUACAAGAAAGUGAACAAAUUUCCCCAGAUCUUCUUAGACCACUGUUGGAUAGUGUAGGAAAUGAAAAUCGGACUGUUUCACCUAUGUCUGGGACAUUGGGGGAGAAAGUAAUCAGAAACUGUACUGCUAAGCUCAAGCCUUAUCUCAUGAAGGCAGUGGAGUCCUCAGGCAGAGCGAUAAAUGAGUAUGCACAGAUAGUAACUGAUAUUUGCCAGAAUGAAUCUGAAUCCCCUCAAUGUGAUGAUUCAAAUGGUUCUAAGAAGACAGUGGUUCAGGAAGCUGAGAACAAGCUUAAUGUUCCUAAUGAUGCAAAGGAACAACCGCAUGAUGAAACCAAGGGUCAUGAACCCAAUGUUACUGGUAAAAGAGAUGUCCAAAUUUUGGAUGAUACAAAGUCAAACAGAAGGUCCAUUCUGGAUGGCGAAGUUACAAAAAAAACUGGUUCAAAAAGGAGAUCAUGUUCUGAAAUUUCCAAGAACUCAAAAAAAGGGAGUGCAAAAACCAAGUUGGAAACUGAAAAUUUAGAGUCUGUUCAGGAACCAAAAUCAGAAACUCAGCUGAAUACUGUGCCAAGGAAGAGGGGCCGUAAGCCUAAUUCUCUGAUGAAUGCAGAAGAAGGCUAUGAUCACUCGUGGAUUUGUCGGGAAACUGAAGUGGGAAGAUCAACACUAUCCAGAAAGUCAUGCGAUUCCAGGUUUCCUUUUCGAUCUUCUGAAAAAGCUACUUCCAGAAAAGAUAAGUUGCAUCGAAAGCAUAAAACUGUAAGUGAAACUCUAGUUCAUAAGCCGAAAAGUGAGGACAUAGCAAAAACUACGAAACUCAGAAGGACUCACAAUAUUAGCAAUGAUUUUCCCCCAAAUGAUACAAGUGAAGGUCGUGAAGCUUCAGCUUCUAAGCCUAAAGCUGAUGAUAAUGCUGAUGCUUCUCCUUCUACAAAUAAUAAUAUUUCUGAUGGAUGUCACAGCAAACGGGGUCGGAGAAGGAAAUUAAAUAUCACGGGGAAUCAAGGUGUUCAUUCCAAUUCUUUGUCAAUGUUAAAAGACAACUCAAAUCCUCCGCCUCAGAAGAUUUCUUUGGAUUCCCCAACAGUUAGGUUGGAAAAGGAAUCUGAAGCAAGGAAUAUCUCUGAACAAAAACCCAUUAGGAAAAUCAAAUUUUCCUUAAGGCUUGAUGGAAAACUUGUCAUGGGUCCAGAAUCAGCUGCUAAUGGGGAGCCUAACGAUUCAUGUGGAGAAGAGGGGAAACACAAGUCAUCUAUGAAUGAUGAGCCAGCAAGUAUUAAAGAGGGCACAUUCUCAACUCAAACAAAUGUUAAGAAAAGGAGGAGGCUUGAUGCUACUCCUAACGAGGGCCUCAACAAAUUAUCAGCCGUGAAGGAUCUGACAGCAGAAUCUGCAAGUAAAACACUAAAUAGUGUCAAGGAAACCCCACAAGCAAGGCUGAGGAGAAGACACAGUGAUGUGAGUGCUAAGGCAUCUGAAUGUCUUUACAAGGAUAAAUCAUUGGUCGGUAAGAGAAUAAAGGUCUGGUGGCCAAAAGAUAAGACGUUUUAUGAAGGUGUUAUCGAAUCUUAUGAUCCUAUCAAAGGAAAGCACAAGAUUUUGUAUGCUGAUGGUGAUGUUGAAGUGUUGAACCUCAAAAAACAGAAAUGGACAGUAGUUGACGUUUCGUUAGACAAGGAAGGGCUUACACUUCAGAGGCUCGCAGAAGCAUCAGACGUAGCAGAAAAAGACAAGGAAAAAUCAGAACUGGUGUCAGCCAAAGCUACAACUAUCAAAUCUCAGUCCAGGUUAGUCUGCAAACCUGAAACUGUGAAACAUGCACAUGCUCAUGCAGUUGAAAAAUCUGGUUUGGGUGAUGAUUCACCUGUAAUUGUUAGCAGAAAUGACUCUAAGAAGCCUAAAAACCAGAAGAGGAACAGCUGAUUCUGUCAAAAUGGAGAAGGUUGUGCAAGGUUACCUGCUAUGGGCCUCAAUGCAGUGUUACUAGUUGGCUCUAAAGCUUGUAACUUUUGCUUACCCUGUUAUCAGUUUAGUAUGUCUUGUUUCAUAGUUAAACUUGUCAGUGUCUAGAAUGGUUUGAUAUAUUAUGGUGUCUAAGACUGUUUACUUCAAAAGGGUUUUUUCACACCAUUUUCAAAACCUGGUCUCUCAAACUUACUUAACAUAUCUGGUCCAUUGCAUGCAGAAUUUGACAUAGCAAAGUGUUGCCAUGAUUUCAUCUUUGAAUUUGAAAGUUGGCUUGAGAAACAUAAUAAACAAGGACAACAAAAAAGUCUAAAUUUUUGUGAAACA